GCAACCCGAACUCUGCAGCCAUCGACCUCAACCAUGCUACUCAAGGACCCAUAUCCUUCAACUCCGCUGCAUUUCCUCUUAAGCUAACCCCUACCAAUUAUCCUUCCUAGAAAACACAAUUCACAUGUCUUGUUGCGGGUUAUGAUUUAAUUGGAUUUCUAGAUGGAACAAAUCCGUGUCCUAUGGCUACGAAACCCACCUAUGCUCUUUGGGCUUGGAAAGAUCAACUCUUACGCCAUGCACUUAUUACUUUAGUUUCAAAGAACAUCACACCCUACAUUGUUGCAGCAUCUACUGCUCAACAUGCCUGGGAAACGCUAGCCAACCUCUAUGCUAACCGAUCACAUGCUCGAGUGAUCACAUUGAAGGAGCGACUUCAAAACAUGCGCUAUGAUGGGAGAUCUGUCUCUGAAUAUCUCCACACUCUAAAAGUGAUGGCAGAUGAAUUAGGUCCAAUUGAUCGACCUCUUUUUGAUGAUGAUCUAACAGUAUAUAUUUUGAAUGGCCUAGAUACUAAACUAGAAUCUACUCCUUUCACUGCUCACUUUGUUGCUGCUCCCCUUCCUCCUAGAGCAGCCGCAACGCCCUUUUCCUCCUCCUUGACUUUUGCUGGAUUGUUGCCCACACCUCACAAUGGCCAUUUUGCCCACAAUUGUUCGUUUUACCGAGUUCAACAACACACUCUGCAUGCCAAUUUUGCUUCCUCUCCCAACAUUGCUUUUGAGGAUUGGCUACUCAACUCUGGUGCAACUCACCAUGUGACCACAGACUUUGCCAAUCUCACCUUGCACUUUGAAUAUCUUGGCCCUGAUGAACUUCAAGUUGGGGAUGGAACAUGUUUGAAAAUCACACAUGAUCAAAGCAUAGGGGUGACAAUGUUAUGCUGUUCAAACAUACGUGGAGUAUAUCAAGUCCCAAGCAAAACUAAGCCUGUGGCUCUAGUUGGUGAACAUGUCUCUUUGGCGAACUGGCAUACACACUUAGCCAGUUCCAUUGACAUCGUUUGCCAUCGCCCGGUUGUUGAUCGCUCAAUGUUGCCUCCUUGUGCUACGGUUCCCCAUCAUGAUGUAGUCCAUUUGUCCACCAAACCAGCCAUUCCUCACUCAUCUGCCUCUCCGUCGGCUCCUACCUCCGCACCUCGUUCUCUUGCUCAAAGCCCCUAUCCAACCUCAACCUCUAUCGUCAUGUCAACCCCAGCUGAAUUGGACUCCUCUACUCCUUUAUCCUUCAACCAAGCCACUCCUCAUGACCUGCCACCACCAUCGCCUUCCCCACCUUGGUGCACUCAUCCCAUGGUCACCUGUUCUCAAAACAACAUCUUUAAACCGAAGUCCUUACAUCAUGCAACCAUGGCCUCCACACUCCCUUCACUUGAACCCACAUGUGUGUCUCAAGCACUUAAAGAUUUCCAUUGGAGACAGGCCAUGCCUGAGGAGUUCAAUGCCUUGAUUCGUCAAGGGACAUGGGAGCCGAUACCCUAUCACCCGAAUCAACAUGUUCUUGGCUACAAGUGGAUAUUUCGGAUAAAAAGGGGUAAAUAUGGCUCAAUUGAACGCUACAAAGCACAUUUAGUUGCCAAGGGGUUUCAUCAAAGGGCAGACUGGGCAAGGGACUGUGACACUUGUCUUUCCACAACUGGAUACAUUGUUUUUCUUGGUGGGAAUCCCCUUUCUUGGAGAGUAGCCAAACAACAUGCUGUUGCUCGUAGCUCCACCGAAGUAGAGUAUAGGGCCUUAGCUGCGUCUUCAUUUGAACUUUUUUGGGUUUCUCAUCUAUUGGAUGAACUCAGCAUUCCCAUUACAGAUCCUCCUGCUCUUUAUUGUGACAAUGUGAGUGCCACUUAUUUAAGUGGUAAUCCAGUUUUGCAUUCUCGGAUGAAGCACAUUACAGUUGAUCUUCAUUUUGUGUGUGACUUGGUUGACAAAAAGGUUCUGCGCGUCUCACAUAUUGCUUCCAUCGACCAACUUGCCGAUUGGUUCACUAAGCCCUUUCAUUCUACCAGGUUUAUUUGUUUGCUAGACAAGAUUGGAGUUGCUGAUGUCACCUCCAUCUUGCAGCGACGUGUUAAGGAAACCAAAUCUGUAUCAUAGCAUGUUUACAUUCUGUUAAUGUUCACAUUCAUUCUCUGUAUAAUAUCCAAGAUUGUGAUUCACUUGCCUAAUGUGAUAGGGCAACACUUAGGCUCCAAUUGUAUAUAUACUCUUGAUAUAUUCAUGAAUAAACAAUUUAGCCUUCA